AUGAAUACAACUCCACUUCAUCCAGAUACGCUUUCACAUGAUAAGGAGGCAGAAAUACAGUCGCUCAAACAGAAGUUAACUGAGGUUAACGCGGAAAAUGUUCGUUUGAAAUGGCGUUUAUUUUCUGAGUUAGCACAUGUUGCUCAUUUCCGAAGUAAAUCUUGGAGUGCUAAAAACCUCUAUGAAGAUUCACUUUUAUACGAAAAGUAUUAUAAAGCUCAUGGUAUUGAAUUUGGAUCAGACGUACCAGUGCAUCAUCAGCUUCCUCUGAAUGCUAAGUUGUUGAAGGAGAACGCCCAAUUAAAGAAGCAGUUAGAAAUAACUUUGGCUGAAACUGAUGUCAUCAAAGCGUCUGCAGUCAAUGAGAUUAGUUACUUGCAGAAUGCUUUGGCUGCUGAGUCAGGAGACCAUGCUGCAUCUGUCUGUCAACUUAAGGAAGAAUUAAACCAAGCUAUUCGAGUUAUUUACUUUCUUUUGAAUCAGUUCACACAAUUUAAUGAAGUUCUCAAGAAAGGAGCUGGUGAAAUCAAUCAACUUAAAAUCCAAAAUAAUAUGAAUAAUCAUCUAAUUCUUUCGUUACAAUCGCAACUUCAGUUUACUAGAGACAAACAAAAGCUGUUAGUUGAUCGUUUGAACGAGUUGGAAUCACGUUUUUUAUGGAGUUUGACAACUGUUACAGAAGUCAAUGACAAAUCAAAAAUUGAUGUAAUUCGUUUUAAGCAGCUAUUAUUAAUGUCUAAACACCUAUUGGACAUAGUGGGAAAGCUUGAAUUCAAGAUUUCAUUUCUUGAAAAUCAGCUUGAUAUUGUGAAAAUAAGUAGUAAAAUGAGUAACAACGUUCGGAGAAACUCCAAAUGCAAAACAGGUAUUCAAUCUGCUGUAAUGCCUUUAGUGGCUCCUAAUUUAGCUUAUAGCCGGUUGGAUGGUGUUUUGGAUUUGGAAAUCAUUAACCAGCAAGCUUUCAGCAAGGCAAUAAGUCUACAUGCACCACGUUUUUGCCGUUACCAAAUUCGUUGCUCACCCCAACUAAUGGAAUUUCAUUCAGAUAUAACAGUCCUGAAGCAUGAUGAAUUCUUGAGGAUAGUGUGUUCAGUUGCUGAAAAUGUUGAUUUGAGUGAUGUGAAGUUUACUGUACACUCCAACUCAAUAGGUGAAUAUUCAGUGACUAGGUUGACUAGACGUCAAAUUUCAGACCCUGGUUCAUCAGAAAUGCUGGUUAGAGGAAUCUCUGAGGAAGAAGUGACAAGAGUGUCAGAUGUAUCCGUUGGAAAGAUUGUACCUUCACUUGGUGCUAAAGGCUUGCAUAAUAUGCUAAGAAAAUCAUGUUCCCAUCUACUUCCCAGAUUUAUUAAUCACCGUUUCAGGUCACUUACAUUCCCAGUUUUUCGCAAGUUCAAAAGUAAAACUGAUAAUAUACCAUCACACAAUAUGAGAUGA